AUGUCAAGAUUUCAUUUGUCCCUGCUAACCCUACUGGCCUUCUGUAACCUGCCGCCCGCUGCUACGGAUGAUGCCACCAUCGUCCAGUUUCCACAGAUGUAUCAGCAUGCAGAUUUAUUUGAUGUACAACAGUUUAUUAGUUCACCUAUCCAUCAUCAGAUGGGGCUUACUUUAACAAAAAACACCACCAUCCAAAGAGCCAAACGCCACCUUUUGGACAUGAAAAGAACAUUAGAGCCUAACCUAGCGAUGAAUAUAUUCUCGUUGGCACGUUAUCUUUUAACACUCCCUCAGAAUUGUUUCUACCAAGGCAAAACAUAUGACUGUGGGUUGACGUUGAGCUGUUGGUUCCAGGGCAAGAAGGCAAUAGAUCUGUGUAGCGGUGGAAUGGUUUGGGGCUGCUGUGUACCGAGAGAAGUGGAGCCUGCAACACACGCUGUUGUUAAGACCCCAGAUUGUGGAAAGACUUACGUUCGGGAUUCAAAAAUUGUUGGCGGUGUUGAUACUGAAUUUGGAGAACAGCCGUGGCAGGUGGCUGUCCUGAAGACGAGAUUUUUAUCAAGGAAAAUAGCCUGUGGAGGAGCUCUGAUUCAUGAAAAAUGGAUUGUAACAGCAGCCCAUUGUGUGUAUACAGCCCCUGCCAGCUCCUUGAGAGUUAGGAUAGGAGAACAUAACAUUCGAGAGACUUCAGAACCUUAUCCUCAUGAAGAGUACACUGUUCGUCGUAAGGUGAUUAAUGAACUUUAUGAUGCUGCCACCUACCAGAAUGAUAUUGCGUUACUCGAACUGUCUCAACCUGUGGUUUUUAGAAAGCAUAUCAUUCCUGUGUGCCUCCCCGAGAAAGAAGAAAUUAUGAAGGGAACUGCCACAGUUACGGGUUGGGGUCGUAAAAGUCAUGGUAAACAGAAAGUUCCCAGUUUACUGCAAAAAGUUGAUGUGGAAAUAAUAGAGGGCGACACCUGCCAGGAGUGGUACAAAUCUGUAGGCCGUCAAGAGAAGAUAUACAACACCAUGAUCUGUGCUGGUUAUAAAGAAGGUGGGAGAGAUUCGUGUCAGGGUGAUUCUGGGGGGCCCAUGACUUUGAAGAAAGAAGGUAAGACGAAGCUGAUUGGCUUAGUUUCGUGGGGUGUAGGCUGUGCAAGACCUAAGCUACCAGGAGUAUACACGAAAAUAUCUUCGUAUAUCGACUGGAUUAACAUCUACGUAAUGGUAAUAAGAAGAGAGAGAAUGGCAAUCCUUUGGCUAUAUUUGACUACUGCAGUAUCACUGGUGGUGACGGCUACUGCUGACAAAUGCGGUGUUACCAAGUAUGCAGAUAACCCCUUCGUGCCUCGUAUCGUGGGUGGCCAAAAUGCGGAACCAAACGAAUGGCCAUGGCAAAUAUCUGUUCAGCUAACUCAUCCUCAAUAUGGUUUCCUGGGUCACUGGUGCGGAGGAGUCUUGAUUGAGAAGCAAUGGAUUCUAACAGCUGCUCAUUGUAUUAUCAAUCCACUUUUUGUCCUACCCCAAGCUCAGUUUUGGAAAGUUCGAGUUGGGGAGCAUCACAUGAAGAAGGAGGAAGGAAGUGAAAAAACAUACGACGUGUCCAACGUCUACUACAACGCUUGGUAUUCCCAAUAUGAUAAUGAUAUCGCCAUGAUGCGUUUGUCACAACCAGUUGAUGUCAACGAGAACGUUCAACCGAUUUGUUUACCUGACAAAGAUGAAACUUUUAUGGGAGCGGAUUGUGCAGCUACUGGGUGGGGAAAAGUGGACUUCGAUAAAAAAGGGUCCUCUAUUCUCCAAGAAGUAAACGUCCAGGUUUACGACAACUCUAUAUGUGACGGAGCAUAUAAUAAACAAUUUAAAAUAGCCAUAAAAGACUGGCAUCUUUGUGCAGGAACAUUGGCAGGCGGAAAAGGGACCUGUCAUGGCGAUUCUGGUGGACCGCUUCAAUGCAAGAAAGGAAAUAAAUGGUAUUUGGCAGGACUGACAUCUUUUGGGUCUGGCUGUGCUAAAGUCGGUUUUCCAGAUGUCUAUUCUCGGAUCACCUAUUUCUUGAAAUGGAUUGAAUCUAACAAGGCUUUUCAUCCCUGAAGAACCGCAAUUAAUUUUCUAUUAUAAAAUUCCUCAUCUUUAAUUUAAAGUUUUGUUUUCCAAAUUUAAAUACUUUACGGUGGCAUUUAAUAUCACCUUCCAGACGUUUUGAAAGAAUUAUAAAACUUUCUUUAAAAUUACGUAUUAUUUUACAGACAAAUAAAACAGAUGAUUGAAAAGAAGCAAAAGAACAUAUAACAGCCAAAUUAUUUGUUUUCUUUGAUUAUAGUAUCUAAUUCAUGAUCAGUGUAUCCAUUAAUUGAAUGCAUUUUCUAAAUUUUGCAACAAACGUUUAUGUUAAUCACUUGUUUUUUUUAAUUGUCACCAUAUAUACACUAAAUCACUU